GCUCACCUUUGAAGGAGAGGAAGAGAAUAGUGUCAGUUGGGGCCGAGUGAGGCAGCGAGGCAGGUGCAGACCCUAGACAAAACCUCAGGCUGAAGGGCUGAAGAACUCUCUGUUUUCCCUUACCCUUCCCACCCUACCACUGCUCUCUGGGGCUUUGGAUUCCCAGAUGGGGCAAUUUGGAGUUGUUGCUCAGAUCUUCCCUUUACCCACUUCCAGCAACUUGUAGUUUGCCCCCGUGAGAGAGUGAGUGAGUGAGUGAGAGAGAGAGAGAGAGAGAGAGAGAGAGAGAGAGAGAGAGAGAGAGAGAGAGAGAAUAAAAGAAAAUUUAAAAUCUUCACACAACUCCCGGCCACCAACAACAACGUAGCUGCCUUCCCCUCACUCACAGCCUUGAGCUCCUCUUCCAAGAAUACAGCCAGUCCUCAUAUUCAGGGUCAGAUCCAAGUGAGCAAGGAUUCUCCAAAAGCUUUGGGAGUUUGAGAGUCUCCUGUAAGAGGUGGUUGACCUCUAGGGAAUUCGGUUCCCUCAUCCAGCUGAUUGGGGGGGGGGUCUCUUGGGGAGAAUGUCUCUAGGACUUUGAAGCACCAAGUCAUGGGGGCCAAGCCCUGGUGAGCUUGGGCUGGGGCUGAGGCCCUAAGCAUUGGAACCUGGAUGGCAGCCAGGGGCUCAGGCCCAAUCUGUCUCUUUGGGCUUUGCUUGUGGCUCCCUCCUAUUCCAGCCCUCAAAGCGAACCCUAAUUUGGAAAUGGGGACCCUCUCCCACAUCCCAAAGGUGGUGAAAAAGAAUGUUAGGAAUCUUCUCUUUCCGUAUCUCUCUCACGGGGCUUUAUUUUUUUUCUCUUCCCCCUCCUCAUUCCCUUAAUUGCAGAUGUUCUAAUUAAACCCUCAAAUAGUUGUUAUGCUGUUUUAAAAGGUACUUAUUCAAGUGUCAACCAGGCUGGGCUGGGAGGAGGCAGCAUAGGGCGGCGAAUUAAAGGUAGAUUGACUAAUCACAGCGGCGAUCAUAAUAAUAAAAUCAGAGGGAAAAAAAUCACAUUACGACUUUUCGUGGAAAGGAGGGAGCAGGCAGCCAGCGGCCGCCAGCCCUGUGCCGCCGACACAAAGAGUGCGGGCGAUUCCGCGAGACUGAUUUAUGACGUUUUACAGCCCUAUAAAAGCUGUAGCGACGAGGCAAGCGCUCCUACCACCGCUGGCAGAUUUAGUCUAAUAAAUAAAACAUAAACAGUUAACUUUAUGUGUCACUUUUAUUGUUAUCAAGUAAAAUAUAGCCGAGCCCCGGCAAGCUAUGAUUUUAAACUAUAAUUGUUAUCAAGCACAACACGGGGACCUGGCUCCCUCCCUGGGCUUUCCCCUCUGCUGCCCCCCACCAACUCUGAGUUAUAGAAGAUCAGUUAAUUGGAGUCCGAUGACGAGGCCACCCCUAGCUAAGGAGCCAGAGACUGGAAAAAAUAGCUCUUCCUUGCCCCCUGUAUUCCCUCUGACUCUGCCACUUCUCCUGGGGGUAUUCUGUGAGUGGGUGGCAGAGGGAGGAGGCAGGGUGAGAAGAGGCUGGAGACCCCUGCCCUGCCUCCAAAGCUCGGGGACUUCACCUCUUCUUUUUGGAAGGCAGCCUGGAGCUGGCCCUGGGGAAUAUGUGUUUACAUGUAAACACACGUGUUACACGGAUACAGUCCCUGACUGGAAGCAAGCAGGCUCUACCCACACAGGCCUGGAGUGUAAGGCAUGGAGGGAAAACUCCCAGGGCUUUAUUUAGUUGGGCCCCACUUCAGAGCACUGACUCCUGGCAGAGAUCUCUCUCUCUCUCUCUCUCUCUCCCUCUCUCUCUCUCUCUCUCUCUCUCUCUCUCUCUCUCUCUCUCUCUCUCUCUCUCUCUCCCUCUCUUUUUAUUUUACCAGAGCUGUUCGGAGCCAGUCUGGGAGGUGGUGCUGUGAGAAGUCACCAGGCCGGGGAGCAGGAGUCACACAUGGGUCAUCAGUAGGAGAUAUCCUCUGCUCUGGGGCCUGGGCUGGGAAGGACAGUGGGUAGCAGGGAGAUCAAGGUUUCUGAAAUCUGCUUUUGCCAACCACUUCCCGUCUCUCUUCAGCGGGGGCUCAAGCCCUAGACCUCCAGAAAUGACGUCAGGAUCAUUUGCAUCCCGCUGCCUCAACCUGCCUAGUACUGCUGGGACCCUGUCUCGACGGUCCCUUGGCCAAGAGGGUUGGAGGGGCGCUGCCCUGUGACCUACACAAGACUGCAACAGGAUUACUAUAAUGGAGACCACUGGAAAGGCACUGGAGCCUGGGCCCACCGGGCGCACUGGAGGCCGGAGAGGAGACCCUGGGCCGGGGCUGAAUCACAGCCUCCCGACAGCCCUCAAUGCCCAGGCAUUGGAGCCGAACUGGGAGCCUCCCAUCUCCUUUUGCAGGGGAGGAUUGUCAGUCUGGCGGGGUGUGCAAUGGUGAGCACCCCAGCUUCUGCCAGCCAUCCCCCCACCCCACCCCACCCCCAGCAGCAGCAGCACCACACACACAAAAAAUUGGAUACAUUUUGAAUAAAGCGAUUCGGUUCCUUAUCCGGGGACUGGGUUGCUCGGUGUGAUUGGCCGGCGGAGUCACAUGGUGAAAGUAACUUUACAGGGUCGCUAGCUAGUAGGAGGGCUUUAUGGAGCAGAAAAACGACAAAGCGAGAAAAAUUAUUUUCCACUCCAGAAAUUAAUGAUCAUGAGCUCGUAUUUGAUGGACUCUAACUACAUCGAUCCGAAAUUUCCUCCAUGCGAAGAAUAUUCGCAAAAUAGCUACAUCCCUGAACACAGUCCGGAAUAUUACGGCCGGACCAGGGAAUCGGGAUUCCAGCAUCACCACCAGGAGCUGUACCCACCACCGCCUCCGCGCCCUAGCUACCCUGAGCGUCAGUAUAGCUGCACCAGUCUCCAGGGGCCCGGCAAUUCGCGAGCCCACGGGCCGGCCCAGGCGGGCCACCACCACCCUGAGAAAUCGCAGCCGCUCUGCGAGCCGGCGCCUCUCUCAGGCGCCUCUGCCUCCCCAUCCCCAGCCCCGCCAGCCUGCAGCCAGCCAGCCCCCGACCAUCCCUCCAGCGCCGCCAGCAAGCAGCCCAUAGUCUACCCUUGGAUGAAAAAAAUUCACGUUAGCACGGUGAACCCCAAUUAUAACGGAGGGGAGCCCAAGCGCUCGAGGACAGCCUACACCCGGCAGCAGGUCCUGGAAUUAGAGAAAGAGUUUCAUUACAACCGCUACCUGACCCGAAGGAGAAGGAUCGAGAUCGCCCAUUCGCUGUGCCUCUCUGAGAGGCAGAUCAAAAUCUGGUUCCAAAACCGUCGCAUGAAAUGGAAGAAGGACCACCGACUCCCCAACACCAAAGUGAGGUCAGCGCCCCCGGCCGGCGCUGCGCCCAGCACCCUCUCGGCAGCCACCCCGGGUACUUCUGAAGACCACUCCCAGAGCGCCACGCCGCCGGAGCAGCAACGGGCAGAGGACAUUACCAGGUUAUAAAACGUAACUUACACCCCUGCCCCCACCCUGUGCUCCGUGACCCCCUCACACACAAAUUGACUCUUAUUUAUAGAAUUUAAUAUAUAUAUAUAUUUUGGUUCUUUUUCCUCUUCCUCCUGCCUCCUCCCUUGUCAGUUCUAAACAGACAAAACAGAUAAACAAGCCCCUGCCCUUCUCCCUUCACUGUUGAGGACCCCUUUAAGCAUGUGGUGUUAUCUUAGCAUGGUACCUGCUGGGUUUUGUUUUUGUUUUGUUUUUGUUUUUUAAGGCCAUUGGGGGGGGUAUUUAUUUUUUAAGAAAAAAAAGCUGCAAAAAUUAUAUAUUGCAAGGUGCGAUGGUCUGGUUUGGGUGAAUUUCAGGAAAAAUGAGGAAAAGAAGAAGGAAAGGGAGAUUUUUUAAGUGGAUUCUCAUCCUCUCUCCUCCUCCCCCCCACUUUCCUUAGGCCUUUUGCAUUGAAAAUGCACCAGGGGAGGUUAGUGAGGGGGAAGUCAUUUUAAGGAGAACAAAGCUAUGAAGUUCUUUUGUAUUCUUGUGGGGGGGUGGGAGGAGGGGGGGCCAGCAGACAAAGCUAAAGCAUCUGGAGAGCCUCUGGGAGCUGUUUAGUUUGAGGAGCCAAAAGAACAUAAAAAUGAACUUUCAGUUCAGAGAGGCGGCAGUCUGUAGGUAGAUGCUCCCUACCCCAUCGUGGUUGUUGUGUUUUUGGACUGAAUUUACUUGAUUAUUGUAAACUUGCAAUAAAGAAUUUUAGUGUUGAUGUGAAAUGCCCCGUGAUCAAUAAUAAACCAGUGGCUGUGAAUUAGUUUUA